UCGCCAAAUUGCCAGAGGCCUACGCCUUUUUGAAUCCAAUCGUAGAUGUUAUGCCCAUAAUACCGCUUUUCUUUCUUCUCUUAGCCUUUGUUUGGCAAGCAGCUAUUCGAGUUCACCAAAACAAAUAUCUAAAUGUUGUCUUUUUGCCCUGGUUGAUCUCUCUCUGCUGUAAUAAAAGUUUGAAAGCUGGGAUUACUAAUUGGUGGAAUAGUAGACAAUCCGAAACUUUUUUGAAUGAUAUUCAAGAAAAAAGUGUUCUAGAAAAAUUCAUACAAUUAGAGGAACUAUUUCAGCUGGAUGAAAUGAUAAAGGAAUACCCAGAAACCGAUUUACAACAAUUUCGUCUAGGAAUACACAAAGAAACGAUCCAAUUCAUCAAGAUACACAAUGAGUAUCGUAUCCAUACAAUCUUGCACUUCUCGACAAAUCUAAUAUCUUUCGUUAUUCUAAGUGGUUAUUCCUUUUGGGGUAAGGAAAAGCUUUUUAUUCUGAAUUCUUGGGUUCAAGAAUUCCUAUAUAAUUUAAGGCAUCUAUUUCAAGUGCAUAUCCGAUUUUUGCCCAGCAGAAUUAUGAAAAUCCACGCGAGGCAACCUAGCGUAUUUAAGCCUGUGGAUAUUGAGGUUCCACAAGCGGUACUUCCCGAUACUGUAUUUGAAGCAGUUGUUAAAAUUCCUUAUGAUAUGCAACUAAAACAAGUUCUAGCUAAUGGUAAAAAGGGAGCUUUGAAUGUGGGAGCUGUUCUUAUUUUACCCGAGGGAAUUAUCGCCCCAAUAAAAAAAAAUAUUAUUGUGAUAGGUCCUGUUCCUGGUCAAAAAUAUAGUGAAAUAAUCUUUCCUAUUCUUGCCCCAGACCCUGCUACUAAUAAAGAUGUUCACUUCUUAAAAUAUCCUAUAUACGUAGGUGGAAACAGGGGAAGAGGUCAGAUUUAUCCUGAUGGUAGCAAAAGUAACAAUACAGUUUAUAAUGCUACGGCAGGAGGGAUAAUAAGCAAAUUUUUACGAAAAGAAAAAGGGGGAUACGAAAUAACCAUAGCGGAUGCAUCGAAUGAACGCCAAGUUAUUGAUAUUAUCCCUCGAGGCCUAGAACUUCUUGUUUCAGAGGGUGAAUCCAUUAAACUCGAUCAACCAUUAACGAGUAAUCCUAAUGUGGGUGGGUUUGGUCAGGGGGAUGCAGAAAUAGUACUUCAAGAUCCAUUACGUGUUCAAGACCUUUUGUUUUUCUUAGGAUCGCUUGUUUUGGCACAAAUCUUUUUGGUUCUUAAAAAGAAACAGUUUGAG